CAAAAACAAUAUACUAAACCAGCCCUUAUUGCCAACCGUUGAAGUUUGCAAAAGGCAGAAAUGGUAAAGCUAUCCAAAUCCAACCUCUGUCUCUAGGCCUACAACUCUCUUCAGGCCACUGCAUGGGCAGUUUGUCUCUCUCUAAGCUUGAGCAGCUUCGUCUUCACCAACGCCGUCAAUGGAGCCUAAGCUUCUGCUGGACACCUUAUCUAUUUGCUCCAAAUGGUACAGUUCUUGGAAGUUACACACGGAGCAAUUGGUUUAUGGGUUUUGUGUUUAUAUGUGUUCUGAAAAUUGAGGUCUGGUGCCGAGUGGAGUGGUGUUGCCUCUGAUGCAAUGGGCAGGAAGGGCCCAUUUUUUGUAUGUUGUGCGCCAAACUCAUGAGGUCCAAGAGUCACCAUCAGUCUUCAUAACUUUUGUUGCUUGGAGCUUAACUGAGGUUAUUAGGUAUCCACAUUAUGCUUUUAAUUGCACGGGUAGCUGUCCAUCUUGGAUUACCUAUCUCAGGUACACUGCAUUCAUUGUCUUGUAUCCUCCAGGGAUGGCUGGUGAAACCUGGCUUACAUACCAAGCACUUCCUUUUAUAAACAAGAAGAGCCUCUCCCCACAUUUCUCCGCUGGCCUCUCUUUCAGCUAUUAUAACUUUCUGAGGUCCCUUGCCUAUGGAUGGUUGGACCGAAUAGAACCAGUAUCAAGGAAGCAGCCCUAUAGCCUCUUGUUUAGGUUGGAUGUUUGGACAUUAUGCCAACUAGCAGGUUUAGACCUUCUAGGUAUUUCUUUAGCGGAGUUUAGGCUUGACGUUCCCCCUCCUUAUUUUCUUAAGGGUCAGGUUGAUGUCUCCCCUCAAAAAAAUAAAAAUAAAAAAAAAUCAUUUUCUUGUAUUCUUAUUUGUUUUCUUAAGAGGGAUUAGGUUUACAUUUGCAUCUCUUUUAUUGUAUUUUUCACUUUAUUAUUCCUCC